AUGGCACAGCUCUUUUUGAAGAUAGUGGACAGCAAUGGACAAUGUGCAGUGCGGACAGACUCUGUGAGAACUGCAUGUCUUCCCCCUUUCCAGAAGAGGCUUCCUGCAGGAUUCUACUGUGAGAUUGCUGGCUAUGGAAGACAUCAAAAGGGAGGCUUUGAGUACUCUCGAUAUCUGAAACAGGCCCAGGUGAGGCUUAUUUCCCAGAAUGAUUGCCAGAACAAGUAUUACAGCAAGGACGAGGUCAAUAAAAACAUGUUGUGUGCAGCUGAUAGAAACUGGGAGAAAGAUGCUUGCAAGGGUGACUCAGGAGGGCCUCUGGUGUGCGAAGUAAAUAACACCAUGUUCCUAUUCGGUAUAAUUAGCUGGGGAAAAGAGUGUUCAAAAAAGUUUAACCCAGGAGUUUACACAAAAGUCACCAACUACAACAACUGGAUCUCACUGCAUACUGGUUUACCCAAAUAUACAGCAGGUUCCAGGUAUCCCCAAAAGGAUUAAUUAUGACAGGGUCACUUUAUAACACAAAUGUGAGCAUUGCUCAGAUGCUUAGCCACUCAGGAUAAUUUUAUAUUUUGUGCAGAUAUGUGCCAAUUGUUUAUGCCAUUUAGAUUAUAUACGGCCAGCUACUGUAAUCAAUAGGAAUCAUCUUUGACAGUGUUAUAAUGACAUGUUCCUGCUUUUAUUGAAUAGUGAUACCAGGUGUAUGAAGGAUACAUAGAAUGACGACUGAACAAGUUAAUCUAAAAUUACUGAUGUUAAUGACAUGGCCACUGGUCCAGUUUGUGGCAAUAAAUAUAUAUAUAACUAUAUAUAU